AUGCCUGAAACUAAAGAGUUUUUUUCAAAGCAGGAAGUUUAUGAAGAGGAAUCACCUGAAAGGSAACUGGUAAUAGAAAGACUUGAAAAGGAUGAUUCCUGGGGCUCCACAUUGUUAGAAGCCUGGGAAUGUGAACACUCAUUAGAAAGGCAUCCAGGAAAUCUGAAGAAAGAUUUAAGGCCAGUCAUAAUCAAACGUAAGAGAAAAACUGCAGAGCAUUAUCAUGAAAUUGGGGAGAGCUCCAACCCAAUUAAACAUCAGAAAGUUUACAGGGCGAAAAAGCGAUGGGAAUGCARUGUAUGUGGGAAGUGCUUCAGCUACUGCUCAGCCUUUGUCUUACAUCAGAGGAUUCAUACUGGAGAGAAGCCCUUUGAGUGUAGUGAGUGUGGAAAGGCCUUUAGCCGGAGCUCAUCACUUAUUCAGCACCAGAGGACUCACACUGGAGAGAAGCCUUAUGAGUGCAGUGAAUGUGGGAAAGCCUUCAGUCACCGGUCUGCCCUUAUUCAACAUCACAUCAUUCACACUGGAGAAAAGCCCUAUGAGUGCAAUGAGUGUGGGAAGGCCUUCAACCAAAGCACAUACCUCAUUCAGCACCACAGAAUACACACUGGCGAGAAACCCUACAAGUGUAAGGAAUGUGGAAAAGCUUUCAAUGACACUUCUUCCCUCAUUAAACAUCAAAGGGUUCAUACUGGAGAAAAACCCUAUGACUGUAAAGAGUGUGGGAAAGCCUUCAGUGACCGGUCAGGUCUUAUUCAACAUCAGAGAACUCAUACGGGGGAAAAGCCAUAUGAAUGUAGUGAAUGUGGAAAAGCAUUUAGUUAUUGCUCAGCUCUCAUUCAACACCAAGGAACACACACUGGGGAGAAACCUUACAAAUGUAUCGAGUGUGGGAAAGCUUUCAGUGACCGGUCAGCUCUUGUGAGACAUCAGAGAAUUCAUACUGGAGAGAGACCUUACAAAUGUCAAGAAUGUGAGAAAGCCUUCAGCCAGAGCUCAUCCCUUACAAAGCACCUGAGAACACACACUGGAGAGAAACCAUAUAAAUGCAACAAUUGUGAGAAAGCCUUCAGCCAGAGUUCAUCUCUUAUUCAACACCAGAAAAUUCACACAGGAGAAAAGAACCACAUGAAAAUGUAA